CUCGUUAUCAAGCGGCCCUGUUGACGGCUGUCUUUUCGAAAAGCACGACUCGAUUGACGUUUGCUCUCGACUCUCGUUAUUCGUCGACUCCGUCCUCGGCUCGGCCCACCGUCGUCAGGGCAUGUUUACCGAGAUCCUCGCCGUUUUCCCACGUUAAAAGGCCGUUUUUCCGACAGCUUUUUCAUGCCGGUCGCCCCGGUCGGUGAACGUUACCGCCCCGACGUUAUGCCGUCGUACAGACGAGAAGAGUCCCGGUUCGACUGACGAGGACGAGACUUAGACCGGAGGAAGUCGUCGCAUAAACAUGAAUACGAAGGAUUUCGAUUACAAAUUCUGCUGCAUGACGUUCGUCGCGAAACAACGCUCGAACGAGCUUUGCGGCAGCAACGGCCUCCCCCUAACUUCAAAUUCAAUCAAAAUACUAGGCAGAUCACAAUAUCUGAAGUCCUUAAAUCAUCCUUAUCUAUGCUCUUACAUAGACGUCAUGAGAGGAAAACACGAACGUACGAUUAUAGUAAGCGAGAGAAUUGGUAUUCCUUUAUCAAAGAAACGGUGCAAGAAUUGGAAAGAAUGUUUAUACUUAUGUGAAAAUAUUCUUGAAGCUCUUGCCUACUUACAUAAAAAAGGGAUAGUUCACAGGCAUCUUUGUAAAGAGAAUAUCUAUUUUGCCAAUAACUCUUGGAAAUUGUUUAAUUACGGUCUCUACUACAUGACAGGAAAUGGAGCCGAUGUUCUUUUCCCUAUUGGUUCCCCGAAAUACACAGCACCCGAUGUCAUCCUUCAAGGGCCUCAACACAGUAGUUCGUAUAAGUCUGAUAUAUGGUCUUUGGGCGUGAUCCUCGCUGAGGAAAUUUUGGGAUGCGACCUUUGGCCUAACAUCCCGCUUAAAGAAUGCCUGAAUAAAGUACUUUCGUUUAUAGACUGCAAUAAUGUUUUUAUGAAAAUUGCUGAAGAAUGCGGAAAAAUUGAUGUGUACAAGAAGCUUCCAUCAGAAAUCUUAACUCUUAUACAACCGAUGCUUUCUACUAAUUCCGGUUUCCGACCAAAUGCUCAAGAUUUGCUGAAGAACGAUAUAUUUAAAAUUUUUGGCUGUGAACAAAAAGAUUUGAAUUCUAGACAGAAUCUUGCAUUUUCUGGUUAUAUUAACCUUAACAAAGAAGCGAUGGUGGAGUUGUAUCAUUAUUGGCAAUUAGCUGGUGGUGAUGUGUACAAUGAACUUAAAAAGAACGGAUUAAUAAGGAAUAAAGCACCCGUACUUUCUAUACCUAACUUACUGUUACUAGAAGGGACUGCAUUCGGUCAGAUGAAAGAUCAAGCGAACUUUUUAGACCAGUCUGUGAUUGAAUUAAGCACCAAACACCUACUCGACAGGUUUAGAAAGUUACCAAAGUGCAUUAUGAAUCCAGUAGAGAAUCAAGGAUCUGUUAAAAAAGAGUUUAGUGAGGUGAUGUCUUUACCGUUGAUCAUACGAGAAAGAGACACAAAAUAUCAAUUCGUCAGGCUUCAACUUUUCCGUCAGCUUCUCAAGAAUUGUCCAGAACAGAGAGACAUGGUUAUUAAGGAAGCGAGACAAGACAUACCUCCUCUAGUCCGCGCUGAAGUCUGGGGACAAUUGUUGGCCGUAGAAAAAGACUACGAAUACCACUACGCGAGUAUAGAUAAAGAAACCCCUGUACCUACAGAUCGACAGAUCGAAGUAGAUAUUCCAAGAUGCCACCAAUACAAUGAAUUAUUAUCAUCAAGCGUGGGCCACCAAAAGUUCAAAAGAAUUCUAAAAGCUUGGGUCAAAAGUCAUCCUCAUUAUGUCUACUGGCAAGGUCUUGAUUCUCUCUGCGCACCAUUUCUUUAUUUGAAUUUCCAAAACGAAGCUCAUGCGUAUGCGUCAUUAAGGAAGUUUAUUAAUAAAUACCUUCAUAACUUCUUUCUAAAAGAUAAUUCAGCAGUUAUCAGAGAGUAUUUGGCAAAGCUAAAGCACCUACUUGCAUUCCAGGACCCAGCUCUUGCCAGUCACCUUCAUACUAUUGGAUUUAAUCCAGAGCUUUUUGCCAUCCCUUGGUUCCUGACUAUGUUUUCUCAUGUUUUCCCUAUUCAUAAAAUAUUGCAUUUGUGGGACUCUCUUUUAUUAGGCGAUGCUUCUUAUCCUCUUUAUAUAGGUUUAUCUAUAUUGCAGCAACUUAGAACUGUGUUAUUAGAGUCUGGAUUUAAUGAGUGUAUAUUACUUUUUUCUGAUCUACCAGAAAUUGAUAUAGAACGCUGUGUGAAAGACUCAAUAUUUUUUUACUGCGGGACACCGGGAAGUGUUACGUUUAGGCAGCAUGAUUUACAAAACUGCUCUCUCAAUAAUUCAAGUGGAAUGGAUGGCAUACCAAUUUCACUGAAAGAUCUUCAAAAUGAAUUCAGCCCGAGGAUAAGUGCUAAGGAGUUGAAUAAAUUAAUUUUGAAACCAGCUUUACGAUCGAAAAUAUUAAUAGUUGAUAUCAGAGAUCAUACGUUAUAUAAAAGGCGGAGUGUUGUCGGAAGUAUAAACAUACCGUUUUCCUUGUUGGACAUAGGCAAUAAAAACGGAAAGAAAACCGAUUUCAAUAUUAACUCGAAAUCAGAAUUAAAUCUGCUCCAGUCUCACAAAGGAAAAAUCAUAGUCGUCAUGGGUGAUGACAAUAUGGCCAUAGCGUCAGAGUUUUGCCAGUACCUUGUGACAUUGGGAUUUGGGAAAGUGUGCAGUCUGAAUGGAGGGAUAAAUUCAUUGGAAUGCAGCGACAUCCUCCGGUGCUGAAAGCGAGUCUCAUUGUACAUACAAUUAAAACGGUUUCUUUUACAUAAAAAAAUAUGAAAAUUAACAAAUUGCUAGAAGCGUUUUUGCAGCCUGGAAAAUUACGAUUAACUGUUCAAAUCUGCCCCAAAGAAAUUCGAUCUAUUCGAAGAUCUAUUCUUUUUUGAAUAUUAUUUUUAUUAUUAUUAUAAACAAAUUUAAAGGAUUUCAUGAUUCAAAGGCAUAGAAAUAUUUUUGCGAUAAAAAUGAUAGUUUCAUCCUGGGCCCAGUUCUGCGUUUUUAAACAUGGUCCAAAUGUUAGAAUGAUACAAACGACAGCUCAAUUAAAAGAAUCGGUGCCUUAUUAGUAAUUUACAAGCAGUUAUUACUGUCGUCAUUACUGAUUAUAAGAUAGAUAAAAAUGCUAUUUACUUGAGACGAAAUAUUAAGGAUUACAUUUAAACCAUUAGAGUAAAAUAGUACUAUAUAGACUGAUAAUAAAAUUUGUGUAUAGUAGUGUUGAAGUGCUUUGAUUUUUACAUUAUAAAAAUUUUAACAAAAAUGCUGAAAUGUGUUGAUAAUGUUCAUCCCAUGAGUUUACAUUAAAAAAAAUUAGGAUUUUUUUUCAACAUUGGAUCUGAUAAUUAUGAAUAAACUUCGUUAAUUAAAUUAUGUCUACUAUCACCAAGUGGUUGUUUCCCAAUACUUAGACAGAUUUUCAAUCUGCCUAUGGCCAAUAUUUUUUCUUCUUGUUAUAAAAGAAUUUUUUUUAU